GGAAAGGGCAGGAAACCCACAGGGUACGAAGAGCUGAGUCGGGUGCUGCAGGGUGCAGGCAGAUCCUGAGACCAUGGCGAAGCUGGUGGAGUGUGUCCCCAACUUCUCGGAGGGGAAUAACAAAGAGGUGAUCGAUGCACUGGGACAGGCCAUCUCCCGGACACCGGGCUGUGUGCUGCUGGACGUGGAUGCAGGCGCCUCCACCAACCGCACCGUCUACACCUUCGUGGGGUCCCCUGAGGCAGUCGUGGAAGGGGCGCUGAACGCGGCCCGAGUGGCUGGGCAGCUUAUUGACAUGAGCCGACACACGGGUGAACACCCUCGGAUGGGGGCACUGGACGUCUGCCCCUUCGUGCCAGUGAUCAAUGUCAGCAUGGAGGAGUGUGUCACCUGCGCCCACAUCUUCGGGCAGCGCUUGGCAGAGGAGCUGGGGGUACCUGUUUACCUGUACGGAGCAGCAGCGCGGGAGGAGAGCAGGAAGGCCCUGCCCUCCAUCCGUGCCGGGGAGUACGAGGCGCUCCCUGAGAAGCUUGCAAAACCAGAGUGGGCUCCUGAUUUUGGGCCCCCAACCUUUGUCCCCCGGUGGGGGGCCACGGUGACGGGUGCCCGGACCUUCCUUAUCGCGUACAACAUCAACCUGCUGUGCACCAAGGAGCUGGCUCACCGCAUCGCCCUCAAUAUCCGCGAGCAGGGGCGCGGCCCCAACCAGCCCGGGCGCUUGAAGAAGGUGCAGGGUAUCGGCUGGUAUUUGGAGGAGGAGAAUAUAGCCCAGGUCUCAACAAACCUGCUGGACUUUGAGACCACGCCGCUCCAUGCUGUCUACGAGGAGGUCUGCCAGGACGCAGAGGCAUUGAAUCUUCCUGUGGUGGGGUCCCAGCUGGUGGGACUCAUUCCCAAGAAGGCCAUGCUGAAUGCAGCUGAGUUUUACAUCAAGAAGGAAAAACUCUUCAUCCUGGAGGAAGAACAGAAGAUCAGGCUGGUGGUCAGUCGGCUGGGCCUGGACUCCCUGUCUCCGUUUCACCCUCGGGAGCGCAUCAUCGAGUACCUGGUGGAGGCAGGAGAGGUGGACGGGGGGCUGGUGUCCAAGCCCCUGGGCGCCUUUGUGCGGGCAGUCGGUGGGAGGUCGGCAGCGCCGGGAGGAGGCUCCGUGUCUGCAGCUGCGGGUGCCCUGGGAGCAGCGCUGGGCUGCAUGGUGGGGCUGAUGAGCUACGGGAAGCGGCAGUUUGAGGACCUGGACCCCAUCAUGAGGAAGCUGAUCCCCUCGUUCCACCAGGCCAUGGAUGAGCUGGUGGCAAUGGUGGAUGCUGACUCCCGUGCCUUCAGCAGCUACAUGGAAGCAAUGAAGCUGCCAAAAAGCACCCCUGAAGAGCGGGAGAGGCGCAUGGCUGCCAUGCAGCAGGGACUGAAGACGGCCGUGAGGGUGCCCUGUGCCCUGGCAGAGAAGGUGAGUGGGCUCUGGCCUGCUCUGAAGGAACUGACACAACACUGCAACCUGGCCUGCAAAUCCGACAUCCAGGUGGGAGCCAAAAUGCUGGAAGCAGCUGUGUUUGGAGCUUACUUCAAUGUCAUGAUCAACCUCAAAGACAUAACAGAUGAGAAGUUCAAGCUUGUGAUGUCCCAGAAGGUCUCCGGGCUGCUGGAAGAGGCAAAGCAAGGGUCAGCACUCGUGCUGGCACUGCUGGAGAAGCGGGUGGCCUGAGGAGGGCUUGGGAGUGGUCUGGGCGUUCUGCAGUGGCAAAUAAAGCUGGGAAACCCACUUGUCCCUGUGUUGCUCUUUUGGUAUCGGCCUCUGGAGAUCCCAGUGUCACAUUCCCUGCUGGCCUUUCCCUGGCCAAGGGGGAUUUUUGCUGUCUGGGUCUUGGACUCCAGACUUCCUUCCCCCCAUCCCUGGGGCAUUAGGAGAUGACUGGGCUGGCACUGCCUGGGACCACAGGGAUCCUAACAAAGGGGGUGGCAGGGACCCAGUGAGACUGCCCGUGAGGGGUGCUUGUGCAUGGGUGCUUCCUGACCCUGCACACUCCUGUGCUUUAUGCCCUGACUCACUCCAUCAGCUGAUGUCGGGAGCUGUAACCACCACCCUCCAUCGUCUGUUUUUAUUAUAUGUGGCACCUUUUUAUAUGUUUUAUUAUAUAUGUGACCCUUGUGCUGGCUGGGAGUGGUGUGUUGACUUUUCUUACACAACCAAAUGAUAACCAUGGCCAAGGUGGUGCCAGUUUCAAUGCUCAGCAGUGUCACCUCUGCCUGCUACACCCCUCCUCACGGGGGGGGGGAUUUGGUAUUUAACAGGUGCCCGACAGCCCAGUUAGAGCCGUGCCAAGGACGGUGAUCAAGAGUGCUGCCAGCAUCGCCUCCUCUGGGACCUUUUGGGCAGGUUUGCUCACAGACCACUGAAGAUGUGUGACCCCCACCACGGCAUGCCAGGACCACACCAUCCAGUUUGCCCUCCUGGUCCUCCAGGACACCAUGGUCCCGGCACAGGUCCCUGCCCUGGUGGGCCUGCUGUCUGCCCCCCUCCACCUGGCCAUGGGCAUCCUCCCCAUGGGCACCCCCAUCCAGGACCACCUCAUGGCCAUCAGAAGCACGAUAAGAAGCACCAUAAAAAGCACCAUAAGGACAAGCACUCUAAGCACCAUGGAGACAAGCACUCCAGUGGCUCAAGCAGCAGCUCUGACUCUGACUGAAGAUCUGGCAUGUCCCACCUUCAGCCAAACACGAAGCCAAACACCUUGUGGGAACUCCCUGCAUGUAGCUGUACUCCCUUCCCCUUUCCCUUACAGCAGUGUUUUGCCUGCUGACUGAUUUUCUUGUGUUUACAUUGUAAAUGAUUUGUCCUGGAAUCUCUUGAGUCAUUGGACAGCAUCUCCAUUGUCUGUCUUUUGGGAGAGCCUGCUGAAAGUCAUCAUGUGCUUGUCUGCAA